ACGCGACCCUUCGCAAGCCUCAUCUCUUUUCUUUGAGGAUCCCACCGCUAUCCAAAAGAAAACCCCCGGACUCAGCUGCGCGUCCCCUCCCUUCAACCUCCUGCGGGACCCAGAGGUGCCCGGGCCCGCGGGACCCAGUGGUGCCGCGCGCUGCCCCCAUCCCGAACCAUCCAGAGCCAAAUGAGGACCAUGCGGCAGUAGCAGCCAUGCUGCCCUUCAUGCUGGCCACACUGGGCACCACGGCCCUCAACAACACCAACCCCAAGGACUACUGCUACAGUGCCCGCAUCCGCAGCACCGUCCUGCAGGGCCUGCCCUUUGGAGGCGUCCCUACCGUGCUGGCUCUCGACUUCAUGUGCUUCCUUGCAUUGCUGUUCUUAUUCUCCAUCCUCCGGAAGGUGGCCUGGGACUACGGGCGGCUGGCUUUGGUGACAGAUGCAGACAGGCUUCGGCGGCAGGAAAGGGACCGAGUGGAACAGGAAUAUGUGGCCUCAGCUCUGCACGGGGACAGUCAUGACCGGUAUGAGCGUCUCACGUCUGUCUCCAGCUCCGUGGACUUUGACCAAAGAGACAAUGGUUUCUGUUCCUGGCUGACAGCCAUCUUCAGGAUAAAGGAUGACGAGAUCCGGGACAAGUGUGGGGCCGACGCUGUGCACUACCUGUCCUUCCAGCGGCACAUCAUCGGGCUGCUGGUCGUCGUGGGCGUCCUCUCCGUAGGCAUUGUGCUGCCUGUCAACUUCUCAGGGGACCUGCUGGAGAACAAUGCCUACAGCUUCGGGAGAACCACCAUUGCCAACUUGAAAUCAGGGAACAACCUGCUAUGGCUGCACACCUCCUUUGCCUUCCUGUACCUGCUGCUCACCGUCUACAGCAUGCGUAGACACACCUCCAAGAUGCGUUACAAGGAAGACGACCUGGUGAAGCGGACUCUCUUCAUCAACGGAAUCUCCAAAUAUGCAGAGUCAGAAAAGAUCAAGAAGCAUUUUGAGGAGGCCUACCCCAACUGCACGGUUCUAGAAGCCCGCCCAUGUUACAACGUGGCUCGUCUUAUGUUCCUCGAUGCAGAGAGAAAGAAGGCCGAGCGGGGAAAGCUGUACUUCACAAACCUCCAGAGCAAGGAGAAUGUCCCCACCAUGAUCAACCCCAAGCCCUGCGGCCACCUCUGCUGCUGCGUGGUUCGCGGCUGUGAGCAGGUGGAGGCCAUCGAGUACUACACAAAGCUGGAACAGAAGCUGAAGGAGGACUACAAGCGGGAGAAGGAGAAGGUGAACGAGAAGCCUCUCGGCAUGGCCUUUGUCACCUUCCACAACGAGACCAUCACCGCCAUCAUCCUGAAGGACUUCAAUGUGUGUAAGUGCCAGGGCUGCACCUGCCGUGGGGAACCGCGCUCCUCAUCCUGCAGCGAGUCCCUGCACAUCUCCAACUGGACCGUGUCCUAUGCCCCUGACCCCCAAAACAUCUACUGGGAGCACCUGUCCAUCCGCGGCUUCAUCUGGUGGCUGCGCUGCCUGGUCAUCAAUGUCGUCCUCUUCAUCCUCCUCUUCUUCCUCACCACCCCGGCCAUCAUCAUCACCACCAUGGACAAGUUCAACGUCACCAAGCCUGUGGAGUACCUCAACAACCCCAUCAUCACCCAGUUCUUCCCCACCCUGCUGCUGUGGUGCUUCUCAGCCCUGCUCCCCACCAUCGUCUACUACUCUGCCUUCUUUGAAGCCCACUGGACACGCUCCGGAGAGAACAGGACCACCAUGCACAAGUGCUACACCUUCCUCAUCUUCAUGGUGCUGCUCCUGCCCUCGCUGGGACUGAGCAGUCUGGACCUCUUCUUCCGCUGGCUCUUUGACAAGAAAUUCUUGGCUGAGGCAGCUAUUCGGUUUGAGUGCGUGUUCCUGCCGGACAACGGCGCCUUCUUCGUGAACUACGUCAUUGCUUCAGCCUUUAUCGGCAACGCCAUGGACCUGCUGCGCAUCCCGGGUCUGCUCAUGUACAUGAUCCGGCUCUGCCUGGCGCGCUCAGCCGCGGAGAGGCGCAACGUGAAGCGGCAUCAGGCCUACGAGUUCCAGUUUGGCGCAGCCUACGCCUGGAUGAUGUGCGUCUUCACGGUGGUCAUGACCUACAGUAUCACCUGCCCCAUCAUCGUGCCCUUCGGGCUCAUGUACAUGCUGCUGAAGCACCUGGUAGACAGGUACAAUCUCUACUACGCCUACCUGCCGGCCAAGCUGGACAAGAAGAUUCACUCGGGGGCUGUGAACCAGGUGGUGGCCGCACCCAUCCUCUGCCUCUUCUGGCUGCUUUUCUUCUCCACCAUGCGCACGGGGUUCCUCGCCCCCACGUCCAUGUUCACGUUCGUCGUCCUGGUUAUCACCAUCGUCAUCUGUCUCUGCCACGUCUGCUUCGGACACUUCAAAUACCUCAGUGCCCACAACUACAAGAUUGAGCACACAGAGACAGAUGCUGUGGACCCCAGAAGCAAUGGACGGCCCCCCACUGCUGCCACUGUCCCCAAAUCUGCGAAAUACAUCGCUCAGGUGCUGCAGGACUCAGAGGGGGACGGGGAUGCGGAUGGGGUUCCUGGGAGCUCGGCGGACGAGCCCCCAUCGUCCUCAUCUCAAGAUGAGGAACUGCUGAUGCCGCCUGAUGGCCUCACGGACACAGACUUCCAGUCUUGCGAGGACAGCCUCAUAGAGAAUGAGAUUCACCAUGGGAAGAAAAGCUCUGAGGCAGGUGUCUGGUUUGUGCUGCUGCCCUGGACUCCCCUGGGGUCCAGCCACCUUUCUGUGGGUCUGCAGGAUCUCUGGGAAGAGGUCUGCUGUGGUCAUGUUGCCCCUCCGCCCCCCAACCUACCCCUGCAUCUGCCAGCUCUGCCACCACCCACUGCCCUGAGGAAACUCUGGGACCACUCAAACCAAGGGACGGGGACCCAGGCCCACACUGAAUCCCUGAGAGCCACACGAACAGGACAGAGAUUCAGGAGAGAAAGACCGUGCAAAGCCACAAGUUCCACACUGGUCCAAGAAGGCUUCCUGGAGGAGGAAGAUCCCAGGACAGCUGCUUCCAGAAAACAACUUGUCAGGCUGCUCUGGAGGGAGAAGAGGCAAGAAAAUGGGGCUGCAGCAGUUGACAAAAUUGCAUCGUCAUUAUUUGUUGUCAUUGUUCUACAAUGUACUGAGUGCUUAUUAUGUGCCUGGGAUUAUGCUAAAUGACUUCUGUAUGCUUUAAAGAAUUUCCUCAGAGAGUUUGCUCAGGUCAGGUGUGUGUUUGCUGUGAGGAUUACGUGAAAUAAAUAUGUCAAGUGCUCCCU